CGAAUCCUUCGGUUCAUUGCCGAAGGUUUUCUUCGGGUCAUUAAUGAAUGUGGCGCGAUGCCCGUGGUCGGGGAACUCAUGAACCCUAAUGGCCACGUGUUGGUUCUCCUCUGCUGAUGCAUCUGAGCCUUCGGAUGUCCGGGCGGUCUCUGUGUUCGUGCGCUUGUCCAGGCGACGGAGCUUGAAAGCUUUCCGUGGGCGACCGAUUUCGUCUCUUCCCCGAUGUUGGUGGACUCAUGGCUUUGACCGGCGUCCUGAGGACUUUGCCCCACCACCCUCGCUCGGUGGCAGACGAGAGUGCUCGAUGAUUCAUUCAUUCAUUCGGUGCUCUUGACAGCCAGAGGGCGAAUUUUCUUCUGCCCCAUCAACCUCGUCAACAGCACUUUAGGGAGAAAACCAGUCUGGUAGUUUUGAUUCUCUCGUUAUGAUUCGACGGGAAAAUCAUUCGACUUUUGACGUUUUCCGGGGCUUGAUAGAAGACGAAUCGGAUCCAGUUCUGCUAGAAGGUUAGGAAGAAUCGGCCUUCGAUCUUCCAGCGCAUUUCAUGUCACCCUUGCGAUUGCUACUUCGCAAUAUUUUCUUGAAAAGCUUUACCAAACAGGAACUUAUUCCUUCGUGGUCAGCGUUCAAGUCAGCAAUAAAAUUCUGGGGUCAACAUUGGAAUAGUACGAAAAUACCACAUGAUCCUUUAAUAGUCAGUAGUUUCAGCAAUCUAUAUCUAGACUUUGACAGACUACAUGACUACAACAUAUUAGACUUUGACUUGAAUGAAAAGAAGAUGUUGGCAUAGAAUGUUCAGUAUUUAACAUUAAAAAUUGUAUUUUUUUCCAU